ACUCAUCUUUCCUUUUCCGGUUGGGGUUCGGUUCCGCAGACCGCGUGCCAACAAUGGCAAUUUGGGGUGCGGUCUUAGGGAGGCUGAAGGAUCAGGUGGAGAAGUGACCUUUAGCGGCCCCCCGCGCUCCUCAGAUCUUGGGAGCUUCAUUCCCCAAGCAUCGCGCGAUUUCCGGACGACAUAAUCUCUCCCCCCCCCCCCCUCCCCAGUCUCUUCCGCCCCCCUCUCCCUGCUAGGCUCGGCAGCGGACUUUCGCACAGCAGAACCUCGGGGGAGGCGUGGCGACCUUGUUUGCCGAGCUGACGGAAAGAAAAGUGGCCUCCGCCGAAGCCAGAGUUGACUAAAGUGCACUUACAAGAAGAGCCAUUCAUUGGUUUUGCACCAAACCUGAUGGGGCCUCAGUUGUCUAAGGUGGCACCAAAAGGGUGUUGGUGUCACAUACAGAAGUAAAACUGUUCCUAGACCAAAUGAUGAUGAGAGAGCUGAAGACAAAUGUAUGCUUGAGCCCCCGCAGGGGGGCUGUGUGGGAGACUAAGAAAUCUGCGGAAGACAACGCCAGUCAGAUUAAGAAAUCCUGUCCACAAAUAGAGAGUCUUCGUCCUGAGAGCGCUCAUCAUCACUUCCGAAGCUUUUGUUACCAUGAAGCAACUGGACCACUAGAGGCUGUCCACCAGCUUCAGGCAUUGUGCUAUAAGUGGCUGAGACCAGAAAGCCACUCAAAAGAACAGAUCUUAGAACUACUGGUGCUAGAGCAGUUCCUGGCCAUUCUGCCCAAGGAGACCCAGAACUGGGUGCAGAAGCAUCAUCCACAGAACAUCAGACAGGCUGUGGAUCUGGUGGAGCGCUUGCAGAGAGAGCCUGGUGGAAAACAGAAUGGGAGUUUGCCGACAUUUGAAGAUGUGGCUGUGUAUUUUACUGAGGAUGAAUGGCAAUUACUAGAACCUUCUCAGAAGAACCUCUACAAUGAUGUAAUGCAGGAAAACUAUGAGAAUGUCAUCUUUCUAGGUCCCGAAUUACCGAUGUCUGACUGCAGCUUCCCAAUGGAUAAAGUAGAAGAUCAAUGGGCAGACGAACUGAUGAACUUGCAGACUGACGAGAAUCCACAUCAGGAACCUGAUUUAUCAGAAGAACGUGAACAGCAGGAAGCACUGUGCAAAGCACUCCCAAAUGAGCUACUGGAUGUUUUAGAAAUACCUUUGCACACCCCGAGGUCCUGCCUAGAAGAGAACUCCCAGCAGGAGAGGCCUGUGAACCCGGGAGAUAGCACGCAGAAGACUCCCAUAAGGAAAGCCCACCACUGUGCCCAGUGUGGGAAGUGUUCUGUGUAUGCUCAUAAGCAACCUGGUAGUCCCGAAGUGAUUCGUGCAGAAGAGCUCGUGCACAAGUGUACCCUGUGUGAGGAAGGGUUCUUUCAUAGCCCAGACCUAGAUGAGCAGGAGGUCACUGGUGUGAAGGCGAGGCACUAUCAGUGUCCCAAGUGUGAGGAGACAUUCACUCAGCACAUUCAACUUACCACACACCAGGCGAUGCACAUUGAGAUGAAGCCCUUCCAGUGCCAGUACUGUAGCAAAAGGUUCCUGCAUAGGUCAAGUCUAUUGGAACACAGGAAAACUCAUACAGGGGAAAAGUCACACGAGUGCCCCACCUGUGGGAAAAAGUUUCUUCGGCGGGCAACACUUAGCCAGCACCAGGUUACACACACUACUGAGCGUCCAUUUACCUGUGAAUAUUGUAAGAAAAGCUACAGGCACAGGUCCAGCCUGCGGUCUCAUAUAAAAACGCACGCAGGGGAAGUACUGUACAAGUGUAACCUUUGUCUUAAAAGUUUCCUCAACAAAGAGAACAUCAUCUUGCACCUUGCUGCACACCUUAGAAAGGGACUCCCCGCUACAGGGCAGGAAGCAGGUGCUGCAGGACCUGCCAGUAGCUCCUAAGCCCCUGCCAUGGGCUGUCUUGGAAGAACAGCUUUCUUUGAGCUCAGUGCACAGAGGCCUUUUACAUUUCAUUGUUUUGAAAACUCACCUUCCAAGACAUAAAAAUUCUAGAGUAUUCCCCCUACGCUUGCCAUUGUCCUAGAUUUGAUUUACUGGCAUUGGGCAGAUCUUAUUUAACUGUUGCCAUGAAACUGUUUUUGCCCCAAUCUAAACCCAAUGUAGUUGUAAUGAAGCAUACAAACUGUGGUGUUCCUCUUAGAGGUGGCGUCUCAAUCCCAAUAACCAUUUGUUCUGCAGAUACACAGUGUUUGCACGCAUAAAGGUCUAACCUGUGAAAGAAAUGCCUCUUGUUGCAGUCCUUCGGGCUCCUUGUUUGAGCAGUGGGACCUUCAGUCAUGGACCAUGGUGACAAGCACUUUGCUUGACUCCUGCCACAGCACACAGCACAAUUACUGGCUUCUGUGAGCCUCUGUGUCAUUUGAGACUCAAACGUGGUUCCCUUUUGACAUGCGGACCAUUUCAAGGAAAUAAAGCCCAUUCAUAAGUAGUAUGAAGAGCAGCACACAGCACCUGCCACAUAAAUACUGUGAUCAUUUGUCGUGAUGUAUUGACAUGCGGGCCCUGUCCUUGUGUAACUUACUGUAAAUUCUAGCUUACUGCAUUGCCUACCUUUGCUGUUGAUCAAAAUAGCAGUUUGGGUUUUGAGAUGUGCCUUAUGUGUAACUUUGGUCACCUCUAUCAAUUGGAAGUAAUGUUCUUGUUUGUGAUUUUGCUGUGAUUCCAAUGGCACUUCUCACUUUUCCCUCCCCCCGCCCCCGCCCUCUGUUUUUCCCAAAAGGUUGAACCAUCCUGA